UGGAGGAGACAACAAAGACAGCGCUAUUAUUUUGCUUUGAAAUUGUACUAGAAUAUCAUCUAAACAAGGAAACCAGUGAAGCCUGGUGUUUCAGAUGGCACAAAGACAAGCUGCUGCUGCGUCUAGAGCCACAAGGCGAAGGCGCUGGUGGCACUUGAGACAACGAUGGAGGAUGCUGGGAGUGUUUGAGAUCGACUCAGAGCACGAGUUUUACCAUCUGACCACAAUAAUAAAAGAGGGCAUACUGUCUGCCCUCCAGAGCAGCAUGGACACCCCCCGCCCGGGUACGCUCACAGCUGAGCAUUUCAAACUGCAGGAGACUCAAACCCAUGAGGGCUUUGAGAUGCAAACGUUUGCAGGGCCAGUGUUUGCCAGUCUGAGAUGUUCACUGGACAUCUCAGAGGAUGAAUACAAGAACUCUCUCUGCUCAGAUGGCUGCUACCUCCAGUUUGUGAGCAAUUCCAAGAGCAAGGCAGAUUUCUUUGUCACGAAUGACAAGAGGUUCUUCCUAAAGACGCAGAGUCGGCGAGAGGUCAUGUUUCUCCUGUCCAAUCUGCCUGCAUAUGUGGACCACCUGGAGAAAUACCCCCAUUCCUUGAUGGUGAGGUUUCUAGGUGUCUACAGGAUCGUCAUUCCAAAUCAAAUAAAGAAGUACUUCAUAGUGAUGCAGAGUGUGUUUUACCCUGAUGAGAGGAUCAAUAUCAGAUAUGACAUUAAAGGCUGUGAGGUGGGGAGAUGGACUGACCCUGCAAUCAAGGGAAACCAAAUUAUUAAAGUGCUGAAAGAUAAUAACUUUGAAGGACAACAUAUUGCACUGGCUCAACAGAAAUCCUGGUUUGUAGAUCAGCUGAAAAUGGACACCGACUUCCUCCGCGGGCUCAACGUGCUCGACUACAGUCUCCUGCUGGCCCAUCAACCACUGCACAAAGAUGAGCUGGAUGGGAAACACUCUUUUGCAAACCUCAUUGUUCGCACCACAAUGUCCAUGGACCUAGAUGGCAGUCCCAAUGAGGCAGACCCCACCUCCGUUCCAUUACUAAAGGAAAACUCAGGCCAGGUGGUAGCAGAUACUACAGACAGUGGAGGGGCCACUGGUGAUGAGAUUCCCCUUCAGGAAAUACACUGCAACACGCAACAAAGCAACACCGAAUCAGAAUUGCAGGAAUUCCAUGCCGACCACCGACGACUGCUGCCUAAUUUCAAGAACGCAGUUCACAUCAUAGAUGGGCCAGAGCGCCGCUACUUUGUGGGCAUCAUAGAUAUUUUCACUGUCUAUGGGUGGAGGAAGAAACUGGAGAACCUGUGGAAAAGGCUGCGCUACCCUGGCAGGGCUUUCUCCACAGUCAGCCCCCCUGACUACUCACAGAGGUUCUGCCAGUGGGUACAGAAGCACACUCAGUGACAAAAACCUCUUCAGAGCAAAUCAUGUACAUAAUUAAGUGUCUAGACUUUCUGCUGAUCCUGACUGUUCUUAUGGUUUUAUGAUAUUGUGUGUUUUCGCUCUCUUUUUUUUUUUACAUGUUCUGGGCCCAAUUUAAAGUGGUUUUGCCCCCAUAUGUGCAGUUCAUAUGCUUUUGAAAGCAUAUAAACAAAGGCAAACACAAGAAAUCUGAUCCAGUGUCACUGA